AUGCCGGUUUCAGUCUCUACGUCUAUUCUUGACAGUCCCCAGCAAAGCCAACGCUUAUCCCCAUACGAUGUAAUGGUUAUCAAGUCGCACGAAAUUUCUACCGUCAAUAAUUUUAUAGCUGCCGUAUCCAACUGGCUUUUCCUUGCUGGCUUCAUAGUUAUUUCAGGAGCUUUUACUUCAAUCAGCCAUACUGCGCUCCUGAAUGAUUCCCAAACAGGGAGGGUUGUACAGUAUGCUCUACGUGGUACGCCCCUCCUUGUUCUUGGUAGCAUAUUCUGUUUUGCUGGUGGAAUUGGAAUGGCAUGGGUUUAUUGGCAGGUCAAACACAACUAUAGCUGGCUUGUGGACCGGGUUUUCCUGUGGCAACUUUCGCCUCUGACGUAUCUGACAAUUAGUUUAGUGAAUAUUUAUAGCGCACAGAACGGGGAUUGGUCUGUCACAGCCAUCGACACUGUUUGUAUCAUGGGGUCAUCUGUUUUAUGA